UUGGGUGGAAAGUGUUGUUGACAGAAAUUUAGCUAGGAGCUUAGCAGAGGAGGUGUCAGUCUCCCAAAAAAAAAAAGAGGUUGUUUGUGGGAGCCGCAGGACCUUCGCUGUUGUCGUCAGGUCACGACCCGCUAAGAUGGCAGAGCUAAGGCACCGUGGACCCAAAGACACCGACCCUACGGUUCAGCAGCAGCCGUCAGAAGACAAGGGCUCGGACAAUGAACUUAAGGCAGAAAAAGAUGGGGUGUCAGACAGUGAGUCCAAAGUGGACUCGGGCGUCCCAGAGGUGCCGGUCCCUGCUGACGACACCCCUGAGGUUUUAAAUAAGGCACUGUCUGGACUCUCUUCAAGAUGGAAGAACUGGUGGGUACGAGGCAUCUUAACACUAGCCAUGAUCUCCUUCUUCUUCUUCAUCAUCUACUUGGGCCCCAUGGUGCUUAUGAUGAUUGUCCUCUGUGUCCAGAUAAAAUGCUUCCAGGAAAUCAUCACCAUUGGUUACAGUGUGUACCACUCCUACGACCUGCCGUGGUUCAGGACAUUGAGCUGGUACUUCCUGCUGUGUGUGAACUACUUCUUUUAUGGUGAAACCGUGACUGAUUAUUUCUUCACACUGGUUCAGAGGGAGGAGCCCCUUCGCAUCCUCAGCAAAUACCACCGCUUCAUCUCCUUCGCGCUCUACCUGACAGGUUUCUGUAUGUUUGUGCUGAGUUUGGUGAAGAAACAUUACCGCCUUCAGUUUUACAUGUUUGGUUGGACCCAUGUGACUCUCCUGAUCGUUGUGACCCAGUCUCACCUCAUCAUUCACAACCUGUUUGAGGGAAUGAUCUGGUUCAUUGUGCCCAUUUCUUGUGUGAUCUGUAAUGACAUCAUGGCCUACAUGUUUGGUUUCUUCUUUGGGCGAACCCCUCUUAUCAAGCUGUCGCCUAAGAAGACUUGGGAGGGCUUCAUCGGUGGAUUCUUCUCCACCAUUGUUUUUGGAAUCAUGCUCUCCUACGUCAUGGCUGGCUGUCGCUACUUUGUGUGUCCGGUGGAGUUCAACAACGACUCCAACAGCUUCCAGGUGGAUUGUGAGCCAUCAGAGCUGUUUCAGCUCCAGGACUACGCCCUGCCCAGUAUGCUGGAGUCUGUCACUGGUUGGACCACAGUGUGCCUGUAUCCAUUCCAGAUCCACAGCAUUGCCCUCUCCUCCUUUGCCUCCAUCGUGGGACCCUUCGGUGGCUUCUUUGCUAGCGGCUUCAAGAGAGCUUUCAAAAUCAAGGAUUUUGCAAACACCAUCCCAGGUCAUGGAGGUAUUAUGGACAGAUUUGACUGCCAGUACCUCAUGGCCACAUUUGUUAAUGUCUACAUUGCUAGCUUCAUUAGGGGCCCUAACCCCACCAAGGUGAUCCAGCAGCUCUUGGCCCUCCGUCCCGAUCAGCAGCUCUAUAUCUUCAAUUCCCUGAAGGCUCACCUGACCGAGAAAGGCCUGCUGCCAGCGCUGGAGGAGGCCGCUGCAGCUUAGAGCCUCCAACAAACACAGCUAGCUCGCCCUAAGAGGAGGGGAGAGACGGGAGAGGAGGUUAGCGGCACCCAGGGAGCCCCGCGCACCCCUGGAGCUCUGGGAAGACUCAGUGCUUUUGCGUGAGCGAGAACACAUCCAAGAAAAACAAACCGAAAACCACAAAAUCGACAGCCUUGGGUCAUUCCAUUUCAUGUGGGAGUCAUGCUUGUCUGUGUUCCUACAGUCUGUGAAUCAUGUUUCUGACACCAGUGUUUUCAGGUUGAGUUUGUGAAUUACUGUACUUUUACACAUUUCCAUUACCGUCAACCUCUAUCUAUUUACACUGUUAAACAAAAUGUUGGUUUGCUGUACAUUUCUACCUGUACACACAAUAUCCUCUAUAUAUACCUUAUUAUUAAUGUGUAUCGAUAUUUUAUUGUUCUUUUUUAUUAUUUCAAUGCACUGCUCUCAGCGCUGUUACUCACUGUAUUCUUACUUCUGCUGCACCCUCCCUCUAAUUUAAGGGUAAUUUUCUUUAUUGUGAGUUUUUCUAUUUAUAAAUAGAUGUUUUUAUAUUUGGUAUGGUUCUAUUAUAUCUUAAUGUUGUCUUUUUUUCUUUCUUUUUAAAAAAAUUCAGGCUAAAUUCACCAUUGCCAUCUGCCAUGUACAUUUUUUGUGUUUUUUCUGCCAUUCAUCAAAGCCUCUCAUGCUUGGCCAAAUCUUUAAGACGUUAUUGUGCCGAAAUCAAAGGUGAAUGACUAAAUUAGACUUGAAGGGGACCUCUAAUGCUUUGUUCCAGCUCUCCACUUUUGUUCUUGGAUGGUACCAGAGGAGCUUUGCGUGAUUCACAAUUCCUUAUUUGUCCUACCCCGGGCCUUGGUGCAGCUCCUCAGUUCAUCCUCGGAAACGAGUUGUUUCAGCUUCCUUCCCUUUUAAACUUUCUUCUGAUUGGCCGCCGCGCAUAAACAGACUUGAUAUCACACAGAGCCAAGAAUAGGGGGGGAAAAUAAGCUUUCUAAAGCCAGACAGCUCCCAGAGAUUGCACAUGCACUGACCUCAUGUUUGAAAGGUUAGCCAUGGUUGUUAAUAUGAGCGUCCACCAUUUUGUGUGUGUGUGUGUGUGUGUGUGUGUGUGUGUGUGUGUGUGUGUGUGUGUGUGUGAUAACAAAUAAAGGAAAGCAGCACAGGUCCACCUUAGGUCCAUCAAGUCUUUGAGUUCAGCUAUUGGUGGUUUUGUGUUUAGGGAGCAUAAAAGCUGUGCUAUCUUCUUGUUGCUGUUCAGCAGAAAUGAUGUCACAAAUAGAGCUGGCUGUGUUCGUUUUACAUAUAUUUUUUUUUUUAAAUUUUUGCGGCCCGUUGCUUGUUGACUGUAAGGCACAGAGGGAUUGUUGCAUUAUGGCUACUUCCUCUGACAGCUGGAAUGUGUAACAGUGCCACAGUUGGGGUUUCUACACUGCCAUCAGCUGCUUGUGCGUGCUUUGAUGUCACUGUUUUUCACCGCUUGAGCGCAGCACAAACGGCACAUCGAUACAGACUGAUCAACUUGAUUUAUUUGUGGCCUGUUGCCGUCUCAUUGGGUGAAACUUUGGCCAAUACAAUCCGUUAUUGUGUACGUAUUGCAGUUCAUUCCCUGGGGUUUUCCAGUGGCAGCUUUCAUUGUUUUUGCCACUUUCAAAUGUGUGUUUGUGUGUAUUGGAUUUAACGAUAAAAUAUAAAAGCUGGGACUUCAU